GUCGGUAAGUGUCGAUUCCUUCCUACGAAAGAAACCUCAACCACUGGGGCCUACCUCCUUCAAAUUGCCCACAGCGGCCAGCUCUCACUCCCCACUUCCUCCGCCCCCUUUUCCACCGUCCACGUCAUUUCCUCCUCCUCCUUCCGUCACCUAAUCCUCAUGUCCUCGGAAAUUGUUCAUUUUUUGAACGGCACGACCGCCGCCCCUACUCCCUCGACUACCUACACCAUGUACUCGCUGCACUGCCGCCACGUGAGGGGUUGUUCGGUAACUCAGCAGCACCAAACUGUCUGAACAGGUUACCUAAAAAGCCCCCGGUGGACACGCUGGGGUUAGGUACAGAGAGUGAACAUGUCCUGAACACAAGUGUGUUGGGUGGUGGGGGCAUGGAGUCGAUCACAACUUGCAAAAAUAUGAGGCCGCCGGCAUUGCGCCACGUGUAAUUUCAGGUGUCGUUGUCCCUCUCUUGUACUGUUGCAGAACAUGCCACUGUUUUCAAGGACUUUGGAUGGUCCAUUAUGCGAUUAAAUUAUAAGGCCCUUUUGUUUUUUUGUUAUUCUUAAAAAAAGAUUUUUUCAGCUUUUUUCGUUUUCGUUUUCUUCAAAACCAUGGAGAUGCUUAACGCAGAGAUGUAGAGAGACAGAAAGUAGGGGGGGAAGUAUUGUGUGUAUUUGACUGUUCAAUUGAGAUUGGUGAAGCUAUCAGCUAACCAGCAAUGGAGCGUUAUGAGAUUUUGAAAGAUAUAGGGUCUGGAAACUUUGGUGUGGCCAAGCUUGUGAGGGAUAAGUGGAGUGGUGAGCUCUAUGCUGUCAAGUAUAUUGAGAGGGGGCAAAAGAUUGAUGAGCAUGUACAGAGGGAGAUUAUGAAUCACAGGUCCUUGAAGCAUCCCAAUAUAGUUAGAUUUAAGGAGGUCCUGCUAACACCAACCCAUCUGGCUAUAGUCAUGGAAUAUGCUGCUGGAGGAGAGCUUUUUGAGAGAAUAUGUAAUGCCGGUAGAUUCAGCGAGGAUGAGGCUAGGUAUUUUUUUCAACAGCUGAUAUCAGGAGUCAGUUACUGCCACUCCAUGCAAAUUUGCCACCGAGAUCUAAAGCUGGAAAAUACACUCUUAGAUGGAAGCCCAGCACCACGUCUCAAAAUUUGCGACUUUGGCUAUUCCAAGGCAAGGGACCAUCUGCUUAUUUGGAAACCAAUGCCAUCCUGCUUAAACUGGUCACUGACUGUUCAUCUUGUUUUGCAGUCAUCUGUGUUGCACUCCCAACCAAAAUCUACUGUGGGAACACCAGCCUACAUUGCUCCAGAGGUAUUAUCAAGGAAAGAAUACGAUGGAAAGAUUGCAGAUGUUUGGUCUUGUGGGGUUACCUUAUAUGUGAUGCUUGUUGGUGCUUAUCCAUUUGAAGAUCCUGAUGAUCCAAGAAAUUUCAGGAAAACAAUUGCGCGAAUACUUAGUGUUCACUACUCUAUUCCAGACUAUGUCCGAGUUUCAAUGGAGUGUAAACAUCUUCUAUCUCGAAUAUUUGUGGCAAACCCUGAAAAGAGAAUAACCAUUCCAGAAAUCCAAAAUCAUCCAUGGUUCAUAAGGAACUUGCCCAUAGAAUUCAUGCAAGGAGGAGAAGCUAGCGCCCAAACUGAUUAUGUAAAUGACCCAUCCCAAAGUAUUGAUGAUAUAGUAAAGAUAAUACAGGAGGCGCGUAUUGAGGGGCCUAAAGUUGGUGGGCUUUUUUUUGGGGCCAGCAUGGAUUUGGAUGACUUGGACGAAGAUGCUGAUCUAGAUGAUAUAGAGACGAGCGGUGAUUUUGUUUGUGCAUUGUGAGUGCAAGUUCAUAUCAUGCAAGCCAAUCCCCCUACGGAAAAGGCAGUUGUGGAUAAGGUCUUCUUUUCAUGAUUGGGGGAAUCAAAUGAUCCUGUUCAAAGGGUGGUGCCUAGAAUGUAGUUUGGAUGGAAGCUGGUCAGUUUAGUCUGUGUGUGAAGGGGCAUUGGGAUUAUAUAUGCUCUUCUUCUUUCUGUUCUUGUGAUUGUAAAAUUAGUAGUUAUGUACUUCUUCCUCUUAUCAAGCUCUCCUAACCAUAGUCUUCUGCCUCGUUUUCUUCUGAAGGUGGGGCAAUAUACUACAAAUAGAAUGAUGUGGGGUGCUGUAUGCUUGUUUAUAACACCAUGGAUUGGACAAA